AAUAAAGGUUCAGUGGUUCCAGCCUCCCUACUGGCUGGUUUAUGUAAAGCAAACGAACAAGAGAGGGAAGCAAACUGAGUGUGGAAACUAAAGGAGCUGAGUCUGUCAGACCGCGCAUGUUGUCAGGAGGAGGAGGAAAUGGUAUGCAGCUCGGGCUGGGCUGUUCCUCCCCUCUGUCCCGCGGCUUUCAGCUCGUCUGUUGUUAUUUUCACUGAGGACAUCCUGUUUUCAGCUGAGUAACCGGGCACUGAGGCACGUUUUGGGGGGUAUUUUUUGCCCGGUAUGCCUCAACGGAACGGCUAAAACACGGUAAAAGCAGACGAUGGCUUCGGUUCGGAUGGUCGGGAAAGUUACGGCGAGACUUUUGGGAAGUGUUCAACCUCUUCACUGCAGUCUGAAAACUACUCGUCCGGUUACAUUUCUUCAACAGGUAAAAACACUCAUAGCUUUUCCAUUUGACUACGCGUUGGGUUUUUACACCGCUGUGUUUCUACUUUUUAGCGUUUCAAAGCAACUAGUAAAGUUAUCCGAGCUGGUUUCCUGUCUUUUACUCAGCUGCAGUGUGGUGUGUCAAGGAGCUACUGUAAGACAUCUACAAUAGGAGUUUUGUUUCUAGUGUUUUAAUCAGAUAGUAGACAAGUUGGGUAGAAGAAAAACACGCUGGUCUGUCUUUUUGUAGCUAAAUGCAACAGAGGUGCCUGAAUGUAAACAGUUUUUUACGCAUUGGACACUGGGAAAGGCGUCUAUCCUUUGCGUCUCUAUCACUGCCUGUCUGUAUCCUGUAAUUUUCAACCCUACUUACAGAAUAGCAUAAAUAAUUCAUACAGCCCCUAUAUUACAUUGCUCUACUGGGGCUAAGAUAGACCAAAUAUGUAUGCAUUUCUGAUUAAGCCUUGAAAAUCUGGAUUGUGUGAGCAUAACUGAAUAUUAUCAAAUCUCUAAAGCAUGGCUCAUUCAAUUACUCCUCUGGGGGAACCAUUCAGGCGCCCAUCUGAGAAAAGAGACCGUGAUUAGACUGCUAAAUAGACUUAUUAACUUUAAGCAGAGGCUUCACUUUCCCAGAACAAUUGCAUUAGACUUCACAACCAUUGCUUUACUCUGCAGCUUAUUACUAAUCUCACUGUCUGAGCUUUGGACCCAGCAGCCUAUGUACUUUUGCAUAAAGCAUUAAAUGGAUCAGUAGUGGGUGUAUUCCAGGUGGGGAAUGCUGCACAAAGUGAAAUCACAUUAGAUUAUCACAGGAGAAUUGUUAUGGUUAAGCAUUUCGCACAGUUUUAUCAAUAAAUAGUUCAAUAGGCAUGUUAAAAUCACCCUCUCUUUACUUUCUAUUUUAUUACCUACACUAGAAAAUGCACAAGUCAGCAAAGUCGUGUGCAGGUUGAUCCCAAGUGAACGCCAACUAUCUCAUCCUGUAGCAGAAGGAACAGGGCACACAGCAGAGCUGGAUGCUAUAAUCGCCUCCAUACUGAGAGAACACUGACCUACACUCGGUGGGGUUGAGGAGAAAGCCAUUAUAUCUGAAAAAUGGGCAUGCCGUUAUGAGUCACUCCUGCAUACAAGAAUGACUGAGAUUGGUUCUAUUUUUAGCCUGGAUCAUAUAUAAGAUUGUAGCUGUUCUCUUCCUUAUUCUUGAUGUAGGAAGUGUAAUCCUACAGCAGAACCAUGUUGACAUCUACGGGAAGAGAUGCUGCAUGCAUAAUUACUAACAGAUCCCACAUCACCAUCAAAAUGCUUGACAUUUUCUGAACAAGUUGUAUUUUUUCCAAAUUGCAGAAACUGGCUGUGCUUUACCCAAACAACAACCUCCAAGGUUGAAAAAUGAGGCAUGAGUGUUAAAACUGCAGUUCUUGAAUUGACCACAUAAGCCUGGCUCCAAAAAGUCCAGGAAGUCCCUUCAACAUUGAUGUUAAAGGGAUAUUCUGGAGUAAAAUUUAUUUAGGGUCAAACACACUGUAACACCGAGUACGACACCCCCUCGAGAGAUGAAUGUUGCCGACCACUUGCUUCUCUAGUUAUACCAACUUUAGUAACGACCGCAGGAUAGCAAAACACAGCGGUCUGAGGAGCCAUAAACAAACCUCAACCAAAACGCCACUCUAUAGUCACAAAUAAUGCUCAGAACAGCACCUAACUUCAUCAACAGUACAUACAGGGUCCCAGCCAUAGUACUAGCCACCAAAGAUCUUACUAGCUUUGCCUAAUUUCUUUAGCAAAGAGACUAAACACAACUCACCUACUGUCUUCCAGCAUCUGCUUGUUUGUAGUGAGAGCUUGGGCCAGUCCAUUACAAACUACAGCGGGGUGACGCAGCUCAAGGAAGAACAUUUAUGAUCAUUUUCUCAUGGAAAUGCAAUCAUACCGAGAUGCUAAGGUAGAAGAACUACUGCAUCUGCAGUGCAAAAUGAUUAAUGUGAUGAUUGUUACUUCAAGGAAAUGAUAAAUAAAUGAUCAUAAAUGUUCUUCCUUGAGCUGCGUCCCCCCGCUGCAGUCGGUGAUGGACUCACCCGAGGUCUCCUUACAAACAAGUGGCUGCUGAAAGAGAGUAGGUGAGUUGUGUUUAGUCUCUUUGCUAAAGAAAUCAGGCAAAGCUAGUAAGAUGUUUGGUGGCUAGUACUAUGGCUGUGACCCUACACUGUACUGUUGAUGAAGUUAGGUGCUGUUCUGAGCAUUAUUUGUAGCUAUAGAGUGGCGUUUUGGUUGACGUUUGUUUAUGGCUCCUCAGACUGCUGUGUAUUGCUAUCCUGCGGUCGCUAAUUUCUUAACUCAUACUCAAUGAGUAAGGGGGAAAAUUUUAUAAGUCAUCUGGUCAGAAGAUAUUAAAGUUCUCAGUUGCAUGAUUAGGCAUUCAUAGUGGUGUAGCUUACUUAACUGACUGUAUCAGCAAGCAAGGAGGCUCAUAGCCUGCCUCAACUCUACCUUUUCGUCUCGUGUUAGUUUGACAGAGUUAGAUUGAGUCAGUAUCUGCUUCACACACCAAUGGGUGAUGCUAGUAAGACUAAAUACUUUUUUUAUAUAGCCUAUUUUAUUACUUAGGCAUUCUAUAGCCCUCAAUUGUGGACUCCAUGAUUAAGUGUCGUUUUUUUAAAGGUGUGGCCUAAACACAGCACCUUAUAAAUAGACUGGUACAAUGCCUGUAAUAGAUGUUGACAAGACUGAGAAUGUGGCUGUGCACAAAACCAGUUUAAUGAUUCAAGAAAAAAAGUUGUAAGCUUUUAUAUGAGCCAGAUAAACUAUACAGAUGUCCAGAAAUUAGUGUUGGCAAGGGAAAUAAACAGGUAUCAGUCCAGAAGUUUUGGGUUAGAGUAGAAAAAUUGAUUUCCUAAAGUUGGGAUUUAGCAAAUCAUUCUAAAUCGCCUGGCUCAGUUCCCCUGUGUAACAACAAGUCUUCACUACUACAGUGUUGUCAGUGAGAGCAGACGUGAACUGAGUGUCAAACUGUGUCAGCAGGCAGUACUGUGCACUGUUCAUAACCUGUGAUAUGCUCUUUUCUAGGCGGUCACAAAGAGUACCAUAUUUUUGUCUCCUUUAAUUUACUAACAUCGUAGAAUAAGUGCAUUAUCCACUCAGGGCCCACAGGAGUUAAAACCCCAAAUGCGGCUCUGAACAUCUGCUGUUACUUUUAUACAGCCUUCAGCAAAAGCUUGCUGCUAGAAAAAUACUGUACUCUGAAGGCAGGUAUUUUCACUUUAAUGCGAAAAGCUUUCAGGAGUUUGGCUUUUCGUGUGAAUGAGUGAUGUCAGGGGUUUCCUUUUUCCUUCAUAAUCGAUGCUGUUUUCUUAACAGGCAGGGAUAAUGGGAUGCUGUUUGGAGAACUGCUAAGCAGAGGAGGCGUGCUAAGCAAAUUUUACUGACCUGUAUCACCCCAAAAUGCAAAUCAGAGAGAUUGUUCUGCUGCAGUAUUUUUUGUCUGUAUUUACAGGAACACAAAGUACAUUUUGGCAGCACAUUCGUUGGCAAAUUUUCCUAGAGUUUUUCAAACUCAUCUCAGUGCUAAACAGGAAGGAGAAAGGGAAACAAUUAGCAUAGCUGCAUCAAAAGUGGAACCAAACAGGCCUGUCAGAAUGUCCUAAGCAUUGUACUCAUGUAGCCCCUCCUGUUAUCACUGGAUGCUCAGAAAUGCUCAGGAAAGAUUAUACAGGUUGGAAUGAAUAUAAACAAGCUGAGAUAACACUGCACAGUAUGAAAACAAAAUCAUGCACAACUAGCAGGGUUUAAACAACAUGCAUCGACAAAUCUAGAGAAAACAGUUGAGUUUUUACUGCCAAGCUGUCAUAUCUGUAGCUUCCAGUUUGAAAGGAAAAUAUGAUAAGAGUGUUUGUGUCCCUGAAAUAUGUGCUCUAUACUAUACAUAAAUAUAUAUGCUAUAAAAAAGACCUAAAUAUAGAGACAGCUGGAGCAGGCAUAGAUAUGUCACCAAAAUGGUUGACAUUUAGUCUGACAUUGGGCUCCAUCUGCUGUCUUGCAUCUUUCAGGAUUUUGACUGGCAUGACACACUAAGCCAGAGGCUUGACUGCGUCUGAGUAUCAAGGCUGGUCAUGCCAGGCUUAGAGGCUGUUCUUCAUUAGCUCAGCAUCUACAGAAAUGGAACAGGAUGGGGCCCCAGGAAGACAUCACCUAUAGGAAGUCUGUCAGACUUGGGUUUUACUUAAUGGGCAUCAUGCUGCUAAACUUGGGACCCGUGGUGCUCUGUAUGGAAGAAUCCUCUCCAGUGCUGUGGUGAGAGAAUGGUAUAACAGAGCAGGAGUGUAUUUAUGCCUAGUUUCACUGGAAUGUCUGGGAUGAAGACAUGUAUAACUUGGUGUGAAAGUUUACUCUCAGAAUGCAGCAUCACCAGUAUGAUUCCAGACAGAAACUGUCGUCUGAGUUGUAUUUUUCUGUCGUUUCUGUUUCUAGUAAAGAUUUUUUUUUUAAAUCACAAAUCGUGUGUAAUAUUCUAUACCUAAUCUGAAUAGAAAAUGCAUAGAUGCAAUGUUUUUAUGCAUGAAGCCCCCAGUGCAGGGAAAAGCUAUCUGAUAAAUCAGGUCUGAAGGGGGUCAAGCCUGCAGCUUGAUCAGAGCAGAGCCAGGUAGUGCAAUCAAUAAACUUCAACCGCAUUCUUAAUCUAACUCAGCAUCUCCUCCGUGCCAAGCAGCACUAAAAGAGCGUUUACAGAUGUGCCUGUCCUUUACUGAUAAAAAAUACAUGGAGUCAGUACAGCAGUAUUACAUCCUUUGACCUGGAGGCCUAUCAACCAGUUUACCUCUAAUUUGUACAUUUCGAUCUGCAGGUCAACCCUCAAACUGUAUUUAGUGAUUACUCAGGGAGCACACAGCUGUGCUAAGGCCAACAAUCCACAUUUGUCCCAAUAAUAUCUGCAAGUGUAGAAAAUAAACACUUUACAUCCGGGUGAUUUCAUCUGAUAGUCCAUUCAUGUAUGAGAAAGAUCGAUUAUCCUGCUUUUACAUGAGUUCAAUAUGCUUUGUUUUUUUAUUUCUUCUUAUCCACUCUUGAAUUGAAUAUGUGCUUUCUUGGCUUAUGGUGAACAUUGCUACAUAGUUUCUGAAAAAUCCAGCAGAUGAAUUUUCUUUUAUCCUGCUGACCUGGACACAUCACUGAAAACACACCUUCCUCUGCAGAGGGAAAAACAAGAACUCAGAUGCAAAAGCAUCGAACUUAUGUGCUUUCACACAGUUACAAGGUAAAACCAGGUGUAAAAGAGGCUUUUAUUGUCAGUAUUUCCCAACACUUUUGCUUUAAAAUCACCCCUUUUGAUGCAACACGUAUUUUAAAAGUUCAACAUGUUUCAUCAGCAUUUAUCCACAGAUUACCUGAUAUCUUCUUUAGUGUACGUCUCUGACUGUUAAAGCUUACUUUCACUAUCUGCAGUCAAGUAUUGAUUUCUUGCAGAAAACUGAGCAUCUUUCCCUUGUGGUCUAAAAGAUACUGGAAUAAGACACUCCGUGUUGUCAGAUAAAGACUCUCCUGUCAACACAGAGUGUCUUGAAUUGUAAGAAAUAACAAUGAAUCGGGUGCACACUAUUCAUAUAUAGGGCUGAGGCCUUUUACAAAGAAAGGGGAAUGAUAGACUGUAUGACAGGACUCCUCUGAUAAGGUCUGGUCAUAAAAACACUAACAAACAUGACAAGGUCCAUACCUGCACACUGCAUGUGAGCAUGAACAGACAGUAAAGAGGUUUUCAACAAUGAAACAACACAUUGGUUCUUUAAUAAUGUUAACCCACGACUUAACAUAGAAACAAUUUAAUUUUAUUUCUAUCUUUCUUAGUCUGAAACACUUUUUCAUCCAAAAAAUCAGUUGUCUGUUGUGUUCCUGGCACUGGUGCGACCUUGUGAUGAUGCAUUGCUGGGCUGUUUGAGACCAAAGGGAAAUGUGACUCACUCAAGAUUGCAAAGACAAAGUUGUUGUGGUAGCUCGGUGUGGAGGGGAUAGAUUUUUCUUUUACCGUGGAGGAUUUCUUUUGCUCCUUUUGAAAAUGACUUUUUUAUUCGUCCUUUUGAAAACCUUACUUCAAUUCCUAAAUCAUUGUCCCCAUUUUUGUAUUGUUUAGGCUGCUGGGUAAAGCACUGUUUGCUGCUUUAAGUACCUUUGUGGUGAAACAUUUUGUACUUUGUUAUAAUAACUUGUGAGAACAGAACUGCUUCUUGUAAAAUGUUGGUACAGACAAAACCAUUAUCACUUGCAAUCCUGUACCACCUAUUGGGAGCCAGAUAAAGAUGAAUGAAGAGGAGUUAUCUCACAGAGAAGUUUCUGUUUGGAACCCUGCCAGGACCUUAAAGGCUUGACUUUUUGGAUCUGCCUCAGUAAGACAAAUUAAAAUCCCUUGCAUGCAUUUAAAGAAUAUGUUGUAGACAUUUGGAAGAGUUAUCGCAGUCAAGCAGCAACCUCUGAAACUAAUGAGGAAGUUCCAAAAACCGCAGUCCCAGUGUCCACAAAAGGCUGUCUGCCAAUGAAUCACCUUUAAAAUCCCCUCCCAUUUAAAAACGUUCAGUUUUACAGCAGUAAUAAACAUGUCUGCAGUCUGGUUAAAGAGAAGGAUUUGGCCCGUGAAACUUGUAUCUUCAUUUAUAAGUACUGUAAGGGGGUACAUUUUUCUAAUAACCCAGCAUUAAUCGGAGGUGUGCAAUACAUCAUCUAAGACAGUGUCUACAUUUUUUUUCCCCAAUUAUUACACAUGGAUCAUCCUCACUUGCAAAGAGGCAGCUUGGCUUCGUAAAGACCAGUGCCAGUCUGCAGACUAUCUGUAGGAAAGCAGUUAUUUUUUAAGACAGCUUGGUAACUGAGUUUUUUACACCAACUGUGAAUGAAGAAUCGCACAGAAUAUAAAGAUUUUGAAAACCUUUGGGAGUCUGUUCUCAACCAUGACCAACCAGCUACGAUACUAGCAAAAAAAAAAAAUCCUCAGCAAGUGUUGGCAAGGUGAUUGAGCAACAAAAACAGAAACAGAUGGCAAGAAAUGAGGAAGGCUUUCAACAUUAAGACUUCUUCAAUUCUCUUGUAAAAGCUUUUGUUAGUGCUUCUCUUCAAACUGUUUAUUGUAUUGUGACUUUAACUCUUUGAAACGUUUUAAACUAAUCAAUGUAUGAACGGGGCUUUUUAAAUAAGCUUGCCUUGCCUUGACUCAAACUUGCACUGGUAAAUCUCAUGAUUUGUCCAUCACACUUGUCUUUUCUACAUACUGUUACCCAAAAUGCAAAGCGCCUGGUCAGAGUCUAUAGCACUGUGAUGCGGAUCAAAUGCAUCCAGAUCUAUGAGUCAGUGCAGUUAGGAAACACGUUUGGAUACUGGGAUAUAAAGCACAUGAAAAAAUAAAUAAUCAGUCGUAAAUGGAUGGAACAUUGUAGUUUUUAUUAUUUUUUUUAAUAUGCUUUAAACAAACAUUACAGACAUGUGCUCAAAAGUUCCAUACAGAAAUUCAGAUGGGGAAAAGGAAAAAAAUCUAUGAAUAAAUAAAUAAUUGGAACAUUGUGAUCUUGCAAAAUGGGACAAAUAAGAAAUGCAUCUUAAAUUUUCAAAUAUUAUUCCUCUACAAGAUACUCACUAAUUACUUUCAAUUAAUUUAAAGGGGUAUCAUGCUUUUCCACAUUUACAACAAAAACUGUAAAGUUACAAUGUUUUGGCAUCCAUACGAAUCCAGAGGUAAAUGUAUUUUGUCAUAAUCUUAAAAAAAAUAUGUAAACUGCCCAAAUCUUGGACAAAUUCGCAAAAAUGCAAAACCACGUUUAUUUACGUGAUUUACUAAAAUCUUAAGAAUCAUAGACCCUCCUAACUGGUUCAUCGGGUCGAUAACAUAACGCUCUUGGUAUUUAAUGCCGUAUGUCAACAUAUGUUUUAACAUGUUGGUGGUGUUGCCCCCCCUUGUAGGAUAUUACAGUAUUGUGCAAAUUGCACUUCACGUUGUUAACAUCCUUAGUAAAGUAAAACCAACCUUUCGAUUGCUUCGAUCUCUCCGCCUUUGUCUUGGAAAUCCUGCUGCUGAGUGAUGAGCAUGGUUGGCGUGUGGCACAUCAUGUGAGGUCGACAUAAGUUCUGGUCGCGCCGGCGUAAUGUAAAGAAUCAACAGUGAAAUUGCUAAGCAUGAAAACUAGUUAUGUUGAUAUUAAACCAUUUCUAAUUGAUUAUUAACAUGUACUAAUUAUAAAUACCCAUCUUUAAUGGCAAGCAUUGCAAUUGUUGUCAGAUUUAGACAUCAAAACUUCCAACCCUAGCUCAAGAAGACCGUUGGUUCAAGUCUCGCAAUGGCACCAAGCCCUGGAGGCUGUUAUAUACCAACACCCAGUCAUGCUAUCAUGAGGUUUUCCUGACUGCCUGAAAGAUUAAAAAUUGAUAUCCGUGUCAUCAAUCCUCUGGAUUGCUCUUUGCCAUAUGCCUUUUUUAUGUCACGGGAAGUUGGUGCUUGCAAACUCGCAUCUUGUUGUUUCAUGCCCCUCUGUUGUCACUGUAUUUUCUUCGCUCUUGCUACACCUGACGGUCCAUUAACUGGUUAAAAGAAGACAAAUGCUUCAAUGCAAAUCAUUUCAUGGUAUAGUGCAGGCUGCUUUUUGUCAUGGCGGCAACCGGGGGUGAUUUCAAUUUCUCCUCUUGGCAGCCUUCAUAUUUCAACCUGGCCUUUAGGCUGUUUAUCACUCACACACAUUUUCCUUUCCCUCUGCUUUAAAGCCCUGCCUGCGAGAUAGUAUAAGUCACCACAUUAGAAUUGUGUGUGGGUGUGUGUAGAACGAUCCCUUACCUUUCCUUCAGUGGUAUCCAAACCUUAAAAAAGGGUAAAAGGACAUACCUUUAGGAAGCAGGGAUGCAACAGGCCAUAGCUCAGUUUUGACAGGACUCAUAAUGGAGCACCCUGCUGAGAGCCUUCAGGGAAAAUCGAGCUGCUCAUCACCAUUAUGACCCUGUUCAUUGCUUGAGUAGGAAGCCUCAGCAUGCUUCACUGCAGAGGAGGGACAUCGUGGUUAGUCACUGUAUUGCUCAGUUUUCAUUCCUUGUUUUCUGUCUCUCUUCAGCAUAAAUAAGAAAAGCAUAGCUUCAGGGGUAAAUAGACAUUCAGUUGAUUGUUUUGACAAAGAACAGUUGGGGGAAAUUAUUCGAUGAUGGGAGGCAGCUGUGCAGUAUCCUCCCCCCCUGCAGCUCCACAUUGUCUCCUACAAUGUGUGACGGAUGCUGUGAAGACAGCAACCACCAUGAACUCUAAAUAUUGAUUAGUUAUUAUAUAGAGAAAUUUGAUUUUAUUUUUUUAUUCUUGAAUAAGAACCCACAUGCCAGGGAAGGAGUGAGUAGUUAAGUUUGUGAUCACGUGGACCUGUCUCUGCAGGUUGUAUGUUUGCUUUCAGACAGAGCAUGGGCGUGUUUGCUGUGCAUGGGCUUGUUCAGGCAUGCAGUCUCUCUCCCUAGCUCUUCAUAGUCUUUUGUUAUAUGCUUUGAGUAAUGGGUGUGUCUGUCUGUUUGCAUUGGAGUUUCCCCAAUGAAAGGAUCAUACACCGUUUACAUUAGUUACCUAGUAAUUGAAAAAUUUGAGCACAGAAUUUGAGAUGAAUUCACUUAAAAAGAUGUGUAUUAAUUUAUCUGUUACUAAUCUCCUUAUUCCCUUUUUACUUCUCCUUUUAAUUGGUUUUACAAGCUAAUGCCAGCAGAACUAGCACCACCAGCUUUCCAUCCUCUUUACAGGUUAUGUCCAUACCCCUGUGCUGGCCUGGUAUUAUCAUAUUAGCUGCUAUUUUAAUCUACGAGCUUGUGGGUCUGACUCUUUGUUGGAGGUCCAUAUGGAGAAGUGAAAAAGCCCCAGGUUUGAGUAACACCUGAGAUGCCAACUCAGCUUAAACUGGCUUUUGUUUACAUCUGUGAAUUGGUGAGCACCAACGGCUCGUUGUGGAUGUUAUUAUCUCGAAAACAUAAAAAUUCUCCUCUGUGCCCUGUGGUGUCUUUGUCUUUGAGAAGAAAAAUAGCUGCGACUGUCCUUCAAAACUAGAAAAAAAUACAAGCAACAAAAAGUAAAAUGGACUAUCCAGCUUCUGUGUGGAUGAGCCUUUCACAGAGCUGGGUGGGCUAGUCAUUUGACUUUAUCCUCAUAGGAUGGCAGUGCCUGACACCAGGUUGAGACUUUGAGUUAUCAAUAUAACCUGUCGAUCAUGGUUUAGAUUUAGUAUGGAGGAUUAUACAACAAAUACAAAUAAGCAUGAAAGGUCUCUUUUAGCUUAGACACAAAAUGAGAGUGGUAUGUAGACUUCAGUUGGGCUGCCGCAAAUGAUUAUUCUGAUAAUCGACAAGACUACGAUUAUUUUUGCGAUUAAUCGUUUGAUCAAAUUGUAUAUUUUCAUUUUUUGCAAUGCUUUUUUAAUCUUAAUUGGAACCAACCUGGUUAAAAAGGUUAAAAAUAUUACUUAAGUUACAAAAUGAUAAGCAGUUCAUAGAGUAACUCUAGAGCCUGGUAGUAAGAGUGAUGAGGUCUACUUUUUGAGUCAAUUUAAACCUCACAGAAAGGCUAACCAAGCUGUACCAAAUGACUCUCUGCAAGUGGCCUAGACAAUUAAAGCAAUGUUCACAUAAAUCCCACAACACACAUAAAAACAUUAUUGCUCCUUUCACUCAUGUUGUCUAAUGAAACCAGGGGGUGGUUCACCGCUCACAGCCUUUUGUCCAAUGGUGGUGUGUCACACGAAACCACCACAAUGUUGAAGAAUAAUGUUUGCUUGAACUCUUGAACUAUGUAUGACUUGCUUUCCAACGUUCUUUUAUGAUGUUUCUAUGCUGCGGUGUAAUUGUGUCUUUUGUGCACUUAUGGACUGCAGCAACAAUAAGAGGUCUGUUCUCAAACUCUAGUGUGCCACAGACGGUAAUAACAAAGGGCGAGGAGCAUGGCUUUGGAAAUGGACCAUUAUUCAUCACACGGCUCCGGAGAAGCAUUACAUGCCACAGUGGUCACGUUCUGUUGAUUGAGAGUGUGAUUGGUUAGUGUGCACACAGCCCAGAAAGGGCCUGGAGUCAUUCAGCUGUUGAAUUGACCCUGGCUGAUGAUUUCGCGCAGAGGAGACAGAUAAUCCAGCAUCAGCCUUGAGAUUUAGCAGGUCAACUAUUUUCACUUUAGGAGAGCGCUAAAGUGUUCAUGAGCACAGAUGUUUCUCCUCUCAGUCCCAAUAAACAGCUGAGCUGUGACUCUGAGUCCACACUGAUAAGAGCAACGUUGUUCAGUUUUCUAUCUCAGUGCACCUGCUGUAUGUGAUGGCACUCAGCUCUGGCACUCAGUUUAAUGAAACGCUUCAGUUACAGCGCCAUGGUUGGCCUAUAAAUGCUUGUUCCAGACUGUUUAGCAUAUUGGUAAUGUGUUUCCUGUCUUGGGUUAACUAUGUGGAGUCAUUGAUUAAAGUGACUAUUUGUUCUUAGGUUUCACUGAUAGCAUAGUCAAGUGAGCUGUAAUCUGGAUGUGCUUUAUGGCAUUACAGUAUUAUUUUAUGAUCAUAGUAACUAUUCCUUUGACCACUGUGACAAAUAUUUUAUGUCAUUGUUUAGUAAGGUCAGUUGUAAAAACUGUGUUGCCUUGUGGCCUCUCAAAGUAAAGUUAUGUCAGGUUUGAGUUAGCAGCUGUGGCUUUGUUGUUAAAGACUUUGAGUGAUCAGAAGUGCUUUAUAAACAUAGUCUGUUUACCAUUUAGCUGUGUUUUCUGUGCUGUUUGUAAUGUCUGCUCCCCCGAAAGGGUGCAAACCAUAGACUGUAUAUGGACGCCGUCUGCCUCCUCGCUGGGUGAACCUACCAUGAGAACAGCACCCUGGUGAUGGGCUGCAGUACAGGUCAUAAAUCACGCCUCCGCCAGCCAUCCUUAUGGGGCUGUGGACAAACUUUAGAAAUUUAUUAUCUUUUCCCCGCCCUGCUUGCGAUGUUGACAUGUAGUUAUUGUAAGACUGGUUUGUGUUCAAGUCCUCUAUUUUCUGUUCAGCUCUGUUUUUAAAAGUUAUUAGGAUGUUCAUGUUUUCUAUGAUUGACACUUGAUACAGCCUAUGGGUGUACAAAGAUUGGGUAGCUCAACCGGGGGGAUAAGCUGUUUGAGCCGAGCGUCAUCACAGCGACUCUCUGCGACUCUCCCACUGAAUGCACACAACGCUACUGCACAAAGAUGGUUUCAGGAAAUGGAGAAAAAACGUGGAAUUACUGAGAGCUUUUUGGCUUCAAAUCCAUAUACUGGUGGAAGGUGGAACCAAGUUGUCCAUAGUAUAUAUACAGUCUAUGGUACAAACACAUUUCUGUCCAGUCACAAAUUUACAGUAUGUUUUUUAAAUACCUGCUGUGCAAUCACAUCCCAAGCUGUCUACACGUCUACUUUUUCAAUUCUUAUUGAUCUUGUUGUUGCUCUGUACUGCAGUUGGUACAUCCAGUGAGCACGCCAUAGGGUUGGAAGACAUGAAGCAUGUCGUUCAGAUAAACUCAACCUGAGAUUGUAAGAUUGAUUAUUUCUACAAACGUAGAACGACUAAUGGUCUUGCCUCCUUUUGUUACCGAAAAAAGGCAUUGGUAUUACCUUAAAACCCAGAGUAAGUUGAGCCUGCUUUGAGGGGUUCUUAGGCUCUUGGAGAAAAGACGGACUUUCCUCUGUUCCUGUAUGAAGACCUCCAUUGCCUACAUCAGUGUGCAGCUCUUCCUUGUACCCCCAGCUACCUGUACAGUAGUUGAGCUCAGAUUAUAGUAGCAUUGAUAGCUGUUUGUCAUGCAACUACUGCCUGCCACAGAAUCAUGAAUCAUGGCUUUGACUAAGUCAUCUAAAAACACGUAUUUUUGAUUUCUUAAGAGACAAAAAACUGCAAUGUCAUCAGAAAGCCCCUAGACUUUAUGUGGAACGCAGUUUAAUGCCACUCUAUAAAACUGACUUUAUCAUGGCCAAUGCCAUAACAUGGCUGCAUCUGCUUUAUGUAUGUUUGCCUUUUCUCUGUUUAGCAUUUUUAAACAAUGCAAUGAUGAAUUGAUUUGCACAAGACAAUUCAUGACCCAAUUACAGAACAUUCUCACAAAAGGGGUAGAGGCAUGAAUCCAUAAAUCACUCACCCAGAGAUGUUUGUGUGAUUACAUGCAUUUUGUUGCCACUGAUAUUAGAGUAUAUACACAGCACACCAACCCUAAACUACUUUCUUUUUAUUCACCGGUGUGUAGGUGUGAAGCUCUGCAACAGCUUUCCACUCUUUCAUAACAUCUGGAGAUCUCACACAGGCUGAACAGCAAAAUCUUGUCCUAUUGGGACUACUUUUUGUUUAGGGACAAAGAGUAUUCAUAAAAGCCCAUUUUCCUUCACAGUGUGCUGCACUGCUUCAUUAGCAAAAUGACAAACAACGUGGAGCAGACAUUUGUGUGCAAUCUCUGCUGCCUACGUACUGUUUUUGUUUCAGUGUCACCGCCUGGUUAUUGCUGCAGUUAUCCAUUGAAGAUUGCUGUCUUUAUGGUUAACAUUUCAUCAUUCAGAGGCCAGGAGUCAGGUCAACAGUUAGUCAUGACUGUAUUCGAUUGUUGGUUUUCCUAUCAAGGCUUUUUUCCCCUGACCGGUAUCUGAGUAUGUUGGACCUGUGCUGCACUCUGCCUCAAGGCUUGUUUGUUUUCUCGGCCCAUGAAUCUGGACAGCUCCCUUGGCUCUUUUUUAAAUGUGAUAUUGAUUGAACAAACUCCCAGCUGGCAGGCACUGGGGUAGUGAGAGUGGCCGCCACGUCCCCUUGAUGCCAUUGGGAUGAAAAUAUCUAAGUGGAAGUCCUCUCACUCUCAGCUUUAGAGGAAUACUGUGAAGGGAUCUUUUUACUGAGAUGUAAAAAUGCAGAUUUUUUUUUUUUUCUGCUGCUGCUUGUAAAUGAUGUUUGAGUUCAUCACCGUUAUGAAUCACUGAACAUUUGAAUAUCAUCAUGCUGAAACUAGUCAACCAAAAACCUCUUUCUGUUUAUGUGGCUGCAUUAAAAAUCGUUUUUUGCUCAUCCCAGUGAUUUUAACAUCAAAUAGAUUGUGAGUUUGCAUGUAAACUAAGAGUAAAAGUCCAGAGAACAGGCAGUACUUCUGCUGAGUAUUAUUAGAGCUGCUCUUUAUGGAUGCUCUCUCCAUUACCAGAAGUGUGUGAGAGAGACUUCCAAAGUGAUUGUACAUUUAACUCAAGGAUCCGCCAGCAUUUCAUUAAGCCUUAAGGCUUAAGCAAAGGCCAUAGCCUGAAAUGUAAUAUGGUUGAUAAGGCGUUUAUCAGCUGAAGGGUGGUUUCAACAGAAGAAUGAGGUCCAUCAGUACACAGCAACCAGGGAUGGAGUACAAAGAGGUUCACGUGCCAGUGGUGCCACAGAAGAGAUUUAUAAUCGGGUGAGAGCACUUUAAAAGCUCAGCGGAGAGCCAAACUCAAUUUAUUUAGCUUGUUGGCAAACAGUUUUUGGAUGUGUUUUAUCUCAGAGCCUUUUUUUAUCUAUUACUCUCCAGUUUCAACUGAAGAUGAAAAAGAGAGGGGUCUACGCAGAGGGACAAACCGCUAACUGAUAAUGAUACUAAUGCUCUUAUUUUUCUCUCCUUGUCUUCUGUUCUGUCUGUCCCGGUUCAUCAGAAGCUGCCUCUUCGAGGAAAUCGUGGAGCUCUUUUUUGCAGUACACUCCCACCCUCCAGUGGUAAUGUGUAGUUACUACAGCCACAUUAUUCCAAAACUACUCAUGAUAACCUGUGCAUGAAAUUCUCAACACAUAACCCUCUGAGAGCAGAAAUCCCUCUUGAUGUAUUGCAGAUGUGUCGCUGAACUACAAAUAUGGCCGCUUGGUUCUGGAGGUCCCGUUGCCUUCCAGGAAUGAGAAUUGUCUGUUCUACCUUCGGCCCAUGUUGAUGAGCGUAGGAGACCUGAUCACAGACCUGAAGAGAGAGGACCCUGGAGUCACAGCGUCUAUUCUCUCCAUAGGUAAGACAUGACAGACAUUCUCGGAGUGCAGGUACCGGACCGACAACAUUCUUCAGCCUUAGUCAGCUGGGCUCCAUAGUUUAUGUUUCAACCUGGUUCUGCAGGUUCUUCUAAUGAAUAAGGCAAGGAAAAGCAAAACCAGACACCAGAUUUUUAAGAGAACCUCCCUUAAGCAUACCAGUCUGCUUACAGGUUUUAUGAAGAAGCAAAGCCUGAGAAGGAAUUUUUUAAAAAGCCCCUGUUGCUCCCAACGGAUCUGUGUGAAGUAUAAAGAAUUACCUCAGGUUUGGAGUAUGUGCCGGCUUUGGCUCAAGAUUUUAAGUUUGGAAGCAGCAGAAAAUCUUCAGUCUUUUGGAGGAAGGAAUCUUCCUAAAAAUCUUGAAGAGGUCGAGUAUUUUCGGACUGUACACAGAAAACAUCAACAACUAUUUUUUCUAAACAAGAAAAGUUCUUUUUCUGUCCUUGAUUCAGUUUGUGACCCUCCUCAGGUCUGUCUUGGGACUGCAGAUUGACUCUAGAUGAGACAAAAUGAUGUUAUUAUACCUACCAGGCAGUUGUGAUGAAGUCAGGCAUUUAAAGUGUCCCUGAUGGUUCAUUAAGCAAAACUCCUGCAGUGCAUUUUAAUAUUGUGUCCGACUGAGUUCACCUGUCUGGAAAAACAUGUCCGUCUACAUCACCUUAGUGUAACACACUCAGGCGAACUGCACAGAGGCUGCACAAACACACAUGAAACCAAGGACUGAUGCAGCUUGAUGGUAAAUUUCUGUUAUUUAAGGAAUUUAAGCCUCUGAUGUAGGUACUGUUGUGUGUAGAAUUUGUAUUUUACAACACCAGAGUCCUUUAUCAUGUCCCUAAGUGUGUCAUCCCCUGAAUUUCUACAAUGUUUUGCUAUAAAUGAUUGAAUACAGUUGAGGUGUGUCAAAUCUGAGGUUAUUGUGUCUGUUGAGGGUUUAUUGAUCGCAGUAACAGUUUGAAGCUGAUAAUGUGCCCUCCUCUGACAGAUGGAGAGCGUGUACCUAACACCGCCCUGAUAGACGCCCUGCUGGACAACGACUUCAAGCUGGUCAUCAAUGAUGCUGUUUAUAAUGUCUGCUCUCCUGAAAAGGGUACAAACACAUUUCUGUCCAGUCAUAAAUGUUCAGUAUAAUUUUUUAAAUACCUGCUUUGAACUCACAUCUCAAGCCGUCUACAUGUCUACUUUUUCAAUUCUUAUCGAUCUUGUUGUUGCUCUGUACUGCAGUCAAUACAUCCAGUGAGCACGCCAUGGGAUUAGAAGACAUGAAGCAUGUCGUUCAUCUACUGCACACAGCACUCCACCUGCCCGAACACCACCUGCUGAAAGAAAGGCAGCUGCUGGAGAGAUUAGACAACCUCAAACAGCAGCUGUCACCUCUGGAGAAGGUAGAUUUUAACACAUUCAUCCUGCUAGUUUUAGUGAGCAGGCUCCUGCGAAUCGGUUUUUAACUAAUACCUUCUUGUGCUGUUGGCUGACAGGUGAAGGCGCAGCUGUCCCGCACGGCAGAGUUCAAAAGCUCCAGGGUCGUCUGGACCGGUUUAGCCCUGCUGUCUGUGCAGGGUGGCGCUCUGGCUUGGCUCACCUGGUGGGUCUAUUCGUGGGACGUCAUGGAGCCUGUUACUUACUUCAUCACGUACGGCACCAGCAUUGGAGCCUUCGCCUACUAUGUCCUCACCAAACAGGCAAGUCUCACAGACACAACAUGGAAACUUAGGUUUUGUUGUUUCCAGAACUUUGAUUUUCCUGAUUUGAUGUUAUUAUAUUGGUAAAAUGCUGUCGUAGCUUAAAUGAGCUUGACAUAAACUUAAAAAAACACACCUCUGCUUACCAGCUCAGAGAAUUUGAACUUUCGUGAGUUUGUUGUGUGCUAGAUAAUUUAUUGCUGGUCUUUUGCUUCUGUUGCAUAUUCAGCAACAUUCCUGCACUGACAAGGCACUGAUCUGGGCUGAGAUGUGAAAGAACACACAGAUUUACAUUUCUCACUAUCUAUGGAUUAAAUCAAGUGUGUUUGAGAGAUGUUGACAUGUUGAUUGUGUUACCCACAGAAAGACUUUAUGUGGCAAGUUUCUAUGCUAGUUACUUACAUAGUUAUUCAACCUCUGAUGCUCGGUUGGAUAAAAUUCCUCUUGUCUUGUGGGUUCAGAGCUGUUUUUCGAUUCGGCUCUCCACAUUAAUGUAAAUCUCUUGUUUGUCUUUCUUCUAGGAUUAUCUCUACCCAGAGGCUAAAGACAGACAGUUCCUGCAUUACUUUUAUAAGGGGGCAAGCAAGAAUAAAUUCAACAUCAAUAGAUAUAAUGAACUUAAGGAUGAACUGGCUCAGGUUGGUUGAUUGAGUCACUUUUUACACUUUGACUACGACAAAUAAUCAUUAUAAUGAAAACUGAAGAAAUGUGUAAACUCUGUGGCCUAUAAUUGAACUUUAUCAGUCUAAAAUAUCAAAAGAAAUAUAUAUUUUUAUGUAUUGAAUUUUUAAGACAUAUUACAUCUGGAUACUCUGCUGAUGUAAUGUGCCCUGUGUUUUUGUAUGUCAGGUGGAGGAGGACCUGAAGCGACUGAGAGAGCCAACUCAACUUCAGCUACCACUUGAACCAAUCCAGCCGAAGCCAUAAACAAAAAUCCAAGCCAUAGUUAAUGCUAAAUACCACGUAUACACUUCUGGAAGUAUAACAAAUUUUCUGCUUUAUUUUGAUAAAAGGCAACUUUUUACCUGAGAUCCAUGUCAUUCUGUGUUAUGUUUACAGGCUUGAUAAAAAAUGCCAAUCUCGUGUUCGAGAAAGGAAUCACUGAAGAAUAUUGAAUUAAAAAUAUUUCCCACACAUGGAAAGAA